AUGAAAGCUUUAAUUUUGCUACUUUUAACAUUACAAGCUAUAUCCCUAACUGAUGAAACAACUGAUUCUGAAGAAGACAGCACCACAGAAACAGAAGAAGACACAAACACUGAGUCUGAAGAAGACUCAGAUGAAGAUUAUGAUGAAUAUUCCAUCAACUGAAGAGAAAUUAGAAAUGACGCAGAAAAAUUAUAUGAAGAUCUAAUCUCAGUUUCCACAAACUCUGAUGAAGAUGAUCAGCCUACAAGAAUUGAUAAUAGUGAUACAAGUGUCCAAUCAAUUAUUAUUUAUUAUGAAGGCCAGUCAUAUGUUGUGACUAUCGACACUGAUUAUGCUAAAAAAUAUUUAAAGGAAUUAGCAGAGGAUGAAUCUUCUUCAUUUUUACAGGCAGAAUCUUAA